GUUUUUAAUAUUUAUUGCAUAAGACAUAGUUACGUUUUAAUAUUUUGGGAAAGCUUCAGCCAGAUAACUCCCUCGUUUACUUCAUUGAAGUGCUCGUACUCCAUGUAAAUCGUAAAUCGUUAAAAAGUUUUGUAGACAUUUGGAUAUCACAUCCUGGUUACAAAAUAUAGCUGAUAUAUUAGAUGAUCUGUAUUAUUGUUUACGGAAGAUAUAUGGAAUCCCUAUCAUGAAUUUGGGAUGACAAUAAAAGAUACAUUUAAUUUUCGAACAUUAAGGUUCUCUUGGCAUUUUAAGUCAGUUUAUCUCGAAAAACAGAUCAAAACCUCAGAAUCGGAGUUCUCAGUCGUCGCUACCGACGAUGGAGAAGAAGCGGGCAACCAGACAAGCAAAUCCACAGCCAAUGGCAGCAUCAUCACAAUGACCAUGAAAAACAACCACCUUAUUGUGGAAACUGAAGAGCGACUUGAAGGAGGCGUAGCAACAGUGGAAGUGGGAGAAGUGGCCUUGGAGCUUGUGCCUGAAGGGAGCACAGCAAUUGUCCACGCACCCAACAAUUCCUACAAGCCGGAGUCAGAAUUCUCUGGUGUUAACACUGGUCUUUCCACUUCUGACUUGAGCUCUUCCUCUGAGGCUUCUACCAACCGUGGCUACAGGUAUGGCACUCAGGAAGAAUACCGGGGAGAAGAGGAAUAUGUAGACCGCCAGACAAAAGAAAUUGGCGGCAGGCGUGAAACAAGGCCUAGCUUGGAUCUUGAACCGAGGCAACAAUUGGGAUUGGAGAAUCCUGCUUUUCUACCAACACCGACACUGGCAGAAGCUUCUUAGGCUCUCUUAGAUCAAUGAACUAGCCAGAAUCAGAGACUUAUCAAAUCGAUAACAUUUUCCAUUACUAAAUCUGAAGCCAGUUUCAACAAUAAUUUGUCUCAUUUAAGAAUUAAAGUUUAGUAAAACUAAAGACAUAAAUGUUUAUGUUGUUUUUUUUCUAUUACAUAACAGUAAUGAAUACAAGUAAUGAGUUUAAUUAAUGAUUCUUCAUGCAAAAUUCUUCUUUCCACUAGUCUAUUAUCCUUAUGAUCAGAAAUAAUGUGAUACAACAUUGACAAAUUUAUUACAUAUUCUCAGCUUAAUGCAUCACUACUAUAAUAAUAUCCUUUUAAUUUGGAUUAAAGAAAAAUGUUCAUUGAGCAAAUCCACCUGGACCAGUACAUACAAGUAAACAAUAAAACAAUGAACAAUUUACAUUAAAUUGAUGUAAGAUCAUAUGCACUGCCUCAAAAAAGGUUCCAUACGGUUAGUUUUUCUUUAGCACUGCUAAUAAUCUAUUUAUUAUAUUAUCUUUAUUAAUCAGAAAGGAUAGUAGAGGCAAAGGUGUAUCAACAUGAUAACAAGUUCAUGCUGGAUCACUGAUCCUGUAGCAGGAAAAGUUACAACUUUAAUCUGAAUGUCAAAAAAGUUUCUGUUAAUCUAUAAUAUCUUAAUUCUGUUUCUAUUCAAUGCCAUUAUUAUGCUCAAAUUUAUUAUUUGAACAUUUCAUUCAAGGUUUAGUUAAGGUUCAGCCUAAUUCAAAUCAUUAUGCGUUAAGAGUAGUGCAUUCGUGACCAAAUUGGGUGGUUGAGAAGUCGAGAAUUUUCUCACCGAAAAAUUGGAACUUUACUAAAUAAAUUGCAUAAUAUUGUGCAGUACGUGUUAAACAGACACAGUGAAUUAAAAUCGUUGGAGGACAGGCCUCGUUCAUGUCGCCCAAGAAAAUUGGAUAGAGUUCAUAGGAGGACUAUUCUGAACCAGGUACCCCCUGGAAUACCAGUACAAGUAAAUAUCCUUAUCCAGUGGGAGGUGAAAGAGGUUAUGAGGUAUGCAUGAAUCCAGAAACUGUCAGAAAUGUUCCGAAAAAAAAAAGGUUUUCAUAGACGAAUUACAUGAAAAAAGCCAAACAAAUAAGAAGAAGAGGUUGGCGUUUGCCAUGGAGUAAGCCAGAAAGUUUCUGGGAUAUUGCGAUCUUCUCAUAUAAAUCCAAAUUCAACCUUUUUGUACCAGAUGAAAGGUGUCAUCUCUGGAGAAAAGACAAAGAAGCACUUUUUUCAAAGAAUUUUUGACCGACCGUCAAGCCUGGAAGUGGAAGUG